AUGUCCUUGCAUUUCCACAAGAUCGUCCAGAACGAACACUACGGCUACCCUGAUGAAUGGUUCCCUUCCGUGUCGGCCACCAUCGGUGAUCGCUAUCCUGAACGCUCUUUCUUCCAAGUCUUCAUUGCCAUCACUUCCGGUCCUCGUUUUGCCCUCGUCUUCCUUUGGUACCUCCUGACUGCCCGCCCUAACUCCGCCCUGCCAAAGCUGGUCGCUGGUGUGGGCUUGUUCCGGACAUUCACGUGCGGAGGCUGGACUUACGUUACCUCGACUGAUGAUCACGACUGGCACGAUAUUUUCAUGAUCUCGUACCUGGUGGCAACUUUGCCCUGGACUCUCGGUUGCCUCGCCCUCAGCCCGAACAACCGCCGCGCUGUCAAGUACCGCAAGAUUUUGGCCAGCCUGUUCUUUGGCACUCUGGUGCCACUGAUCUACUACUUCAUCCAACACAAAGUGCACAAGGUUCCUGGGGCCUACACGAGAUACGCCUUCUUCGAGUGGUCGCUUAUUUUGUUUGAUGUCGGAUUCGAUGCCGUCACAGCUCUUGACUUUGACGCAUUCGAGAUUGUUGUGAGGGAUGUCAAGGGGGUUAGCAGAGGGCAGUUGAAGACCACUGCGGACUCUGUCCUUGAAAAAGAGAAGGGCAAGCCUGUCGGAAAUACGUUUGGCGAGGGCUUUUUCUGGUCUGAAAUCAUCGACGCUGCUGCAGACGUCUACAAUGGGUUCGUCUUCUGGACCCUCUGCACUGCCCUUCCCGUUCUCGUCUGGUACUUCCCCCUUUGGCACAUGGGUAUUUCCGGAUAUGAGGCAGCCAUUGUCUGCUACCUUUCGCCUUUGCUCCUCGGCAUCCCGGCCAUAAAAUCUGCGGCAAUCAAGAACCCUCGCCUUUUCCACCUGCUCUCGCUGUCCGGACUCCUGGCAUAUAAGGUGCAAGACCCUGCCAACCGCCUCUUCGUUAUGGGCUUCGCCGUCGUCUGCAGCUGUGUUACCUGGGCCGCUAGCUUGUAUGCGGAAAGGGCGAACAACGUCAGAUUGGAGUCCCGUAUCCUUUCAUGGAGCAUCGGUUUGAUUCUGUCUAGCGUCGCCAAGUUCGCAUGCGCUACCAACAACCCUCUGUGGCCAAUCAUGCACGCUCAGAACGGUGGAUGGAACAAGAUUGGACUUCUCGCCGUCCUGGCUGUCCUUCGAUCCUACCGUAGACCUGCCACGAGCGGAGGAGAUUAUCUACCGUCGAGUGGAAAGAAGGGCUCUCCGUUCUUGGCCGGUCUAGGUGUUGGUGGUUUGAUGUUCGCCAUGCACUACCUUCUUUCAGACUCUAGUACGAUGAUGUCUUGGGUCUGGGAGGGUUAUCCGGUGCGGGGCCCCAUCGCGGCUCCCCACGGUGCCGUCACCAUCUUUACCAUGGGUGCUGGUCUCGUCUACGGCCUCUUUUAUCCUUCUGUGGCCGGUAGUUGGACAGCGUUCGGACUUGGCUCUCUGGGUGCCACAUUCCUUACCUGCUACAGUCACUGGACCGGAUACUAUGGCGGUCUCGUUCUCACGUUCUACCUCCUGGCCGUGACUCCCGUUCUCCUUUCCUCGGCCGUUAGACAUUCUCCUGCAUCUACGUUCGGUGUGGGCUGCGUCUUGUACAUUUUCUUGAUUCUGUUCCACGUUUGGGUCGUUGCUUACGCCUUUGUUCCUGGCGGAUACCUCGUCAGAGAGCACACGGAUUGGGUCGUGAUCACCAUCAUGUUGUCCAUUGGCGCUGGUGUCUUCUCGGCGGGUGUGUCGAAUGCUUCCAGCCCGAAAAUCAAGGCCGUUAGCCCCAACAGCAGAAGACAGCGUUCAUACUUUAUCUACGUUCUCGCGCUCCUGCAACUGCUCUCCGUCUCCAUCGCAUACCUCCGCUUCCCCACUAAUGACUACACCCCUUAUCACAAGGACGACAAAGUUGCCACCAUGGGCAUCUGGACGAUCCACUUCGGCCUCGAUAACGAUAUGUGGGCAUCUGAGCGGCGCAUGCGCGAUGUAAUCCAGGAGCUUGAGCUUGAUGUGAUCGGCUUGCUCGAGUCAGACAACCAACGCAUCAUCAUGGGCAACCGUGAUGUUACGCAAUUCUUGGCGGACGACCUGGGAAUGUACGCGGACUUUGGACCGGGUCCCAACAAGCACACCUGGGGAUCUGCCUUGCUCUCCAAAUUCCCCAUUGUCAACUCAACCCAUCACCUACUCCCUUCACCUGUUGGUGAGCUUGCCCCGGCCAUCCACGCCACUUUGGACAUGUAUGGUGAGCUUGUUGAUGUUGUGGUCUUCCAUUCGGGUCAGGAGGAGGAUCCGGAAGACCGUCGUCUGCAAACGGAGUACUUGUCCAACCUGAUGGGUUCGUCGUCUCGUCCGAUGGUGUUGCUGAGCUACUUGGUCACCAAACCGCUCGAGGGCAACUACAACACUUAUGUCAGUGAUAUCAGUGGUAUGAAGGACAUUGAUCCCACGGACUGGGACCGUUGGUGCGAGUACAUCUUGUACAAGAGGUUGAAGAGAACAGGCUACGCAAGAGUUAGCCGUGACUCGAUCACCGACACUGAGAUCCAGGUCGGUAAAUUUGUGAUUGGCGAGCCGGAGCCGGAAAAUGAAAUGCGUAUCCCCGAGGAAAUGGUCCCUGAAGGCCGUCGAUUCCCUGCGUUGUUCCGCGGCCAGGGAGUUCGUGGUCAUCGGUACCAUGUCUUUGACGAGCCCCGAUACUGGCAAUGA